CCACCCUACACGCUAGUCAUCGAAAUAAAUGACGUACUCGUACACCCGGACUGGAGGUUUCGCAGCGGCUGGCGCUUCAAAAAACGUCCAGCUCUUGAGUUAUUUUUGCAGCAGCUUUCCCCAUUUUACGAAGUCGUGACAUUCACAAACGAAUCAGCCAUGACCGGCAUGCCAAUUUUGGCCCAAUUAGAUCCACAAGGUCAGUACAUACACUACAGACUCUUCCGCGAAGCCACCAGAUAUCGGAAUGGAAAACAUAUCAAAGACCUCUCCUGUCUGAAUCGUGAUCUCUCUCGCGUUAUCCUCGUUGACUGGAACCCCGACGCAGCGACCCUACAGCCCAGGAACUCUUUCAUCGUGAAUCGUUGGACCGGUAAUGAUUCGGAUAGAGAGCUUAUUGAUCUGGCGGCUUUCUUGAGAAUGGUUGCAAUGAGUGGCGUUGACGACGUGCGACCCGUAUUGGAGCAUUACGGUCAAUUUGAGGACCCGUUGAAGAAGUUCAAAGAAAAGCAUGAGCAACUCAUGGAGGCUCAGGAGAAACGGCGAGAGGAACAGGAACAAUUAGCUGCCAAGCGCAAGGCCAAAUACACUUCCUUCGGAUUUGGAGGUUUUGGCCGGUAA